UUUGAGGUCAGCGCGGGGAGGGGGCGCGCGCGGCGCAGCCUGCCGCGGUCUCGCGCUGCCUGGCGCGGCUCUUGUCAGUCAGCAACAAAAUGGCCGCGGUGGCAGCAGCUCUGCUCCCGAGGACGGCGGCGGCGGCGGCCUCCGUGGCGGUGGCGGCAGCGGCGGCGGCGGCGCGGAGGAGCGGGGGAGCGGCCCGGCGGCACUGAGCCCAGCGGCGCUGAGCCCGGCACCGCCUGCCUGCGAGCGGACGAGGCGAGAGCGAGCGGGAGAGACGGAGCGCGGCGCUGCGGCCCCCCCCCCCCCCCCCCCAGCCCAGCCUCCGCCAGCGAGCCCGGCUGACCGACCGACCUGCCCCAGGCGCUGCCGCGGCCCCCCGGGGAGACGCUGCCGCUCGGCCCCCGGCCUGCCCCGCUCCCGCCUCCCUCCGGGGGCGCGAGCGCCCGGGUCCCUGCCCCCCGCGCGGGGCUCCGCUGCCGCAGCCUCCCGCCGUCCCCCUCCCCCGCCCGGAGCCCUCCGGAGGAGACGGGGGGGAGCCCGCGGGAUCCCUCUGCUCCUGCCCCCGGAUCCCCGGUGCCAGCCAGGCAGGCAGACUGUGGGGCUUCCCCGCUUCCCCCGCCGCGUCCCCCCCCUCCGUGAAAGACUGCUGGAUCCUCCUCCUCGGCUGCCCUCCCCGCGCUCGCUCCUUCCUGCGAGAGCGGCUGCCGGAUCCUCCUCCCGCCCGAGCGGCUGCCGGAUCGUCCUGCCGGGGGCCCUGCGAGGGACGCGGAUCCUCCUCCCCCGCGGGACCGCCGCGGAUCCGCCGCCCCGCCGCGGAGCUCCACGGAGCUAGAGGCUCGGCGGGGCCCUCCUCCCGCCCGCAGCCCCGUGCGAGACUCGGGAUCCCCCGCGGCACCCGGCGCCUUUGUGCUGGUCUCGUUAAGGGGGGAUCCAUCUUAAAACUGUUCCCUGGGUCCCAGUUUCUCUUUUUAAUUUGCACUUUUUAAACCCCCCCCUCAGACGCUCCUCCAUGUGGACUGAGAACCCAUCGAGACACACACGCACGAACUCAUCCCGAUCGACUCCAAAUCCUGGCUUUCGUGGGUUUUGCUGCAACACAUAAAAGCAAACUUGCAUUUAAGACACACUCGUGCAAAAAUUUAGCUGGGGACUUCAAGGUGUAUUUUGUCCUGGUUUCUUGGUCUCGUUUCGGGUUUUGAUUUUGUUUUGGUUUUUUUUGCUUCACUGGAAAUCAAAAGCUUGUUUUGGAAUUGGACCUGCCUUUGCUGCACUUCUCCUCUGGGCUGGAUAACACUGAAGCUUUUUGCUUUUCUACUUGGAUAGUGUUCUCCUGUUGAUCUGUUGGUUUUUUCUUAUCCUGUGUGGCAGACUUUUUUUUUUUUUCUUUUUGAGGAGGGGUAAACAAACGACAACGAAAAAACUUAAUUUUUUUUUGGCCGUGUGAGAUUUUUUCGUAUUCAGAUUCGUGAAAUUACGGGUACACUUAUUAAAAAAAAAGGCAUUAAAAUAAGAAAGGAACACGUCAGAAAGACCCCGACACAGUAGACAAAAUACUCGUUUCCUUACAGCAAGACUGAACCGAAAGCUGCCAAAGAGCCCUAUAAAGAAAAGACUUAAAGGGAGAAAGAACAAGAAACACAAGAAGAGGAACAUUUGAUGGAAGAAAAGAAAAAGAAAAAGCAGGAAGAAAAGAAAAAGAAGGAAGGUGCUCAGAAAAAGGCUGCUGAACAAAAAACCAAAGUGCCAGAACCUAUUAAGACCAGUUUAAGCCAGCCCCAACCUGCCGGUACCGGUACCAGUACUUCCACCAGCACUAUUACCAACAGCAGCAAUGGCAAGCGUGUGUCUGCUAAUGGGCAGCAGCCAGCUGCGUCCCGUUACCUGCCUCGUGAGGUGCCUCCACGCUUCCGCCAGCAAGAACAGAAGCAGCUCCUAAAGCGGGGUCAGCCACUGCCUGCUGGGACUCUGACCGGCACCAGCCCAGCACAAGGUACUGGACAAGCAGGGGCAAGUCCUCCUCCGCAGCAGGGAGCAGGUGGACAGCAUCAUCCCAGUAAGACCCAAACAGAUCUCAGCCACAGUGGAUUGGGAGACCAUUAUGAGAAUUCCCACUGGGGACAGCAGCCCGCUUUCAGGAGUGAAGGCAACUGCAGCUGGGAUAAAGUGAUAAUAGACAGGACUGACAAGGAAGCGUGGCCUUCCAUUACCGGAGCCGAGACUGAGUCUGCCUCAGAAUGUACUACAGACACUGACUCUGCCUCCAACUGUGGCUCAGAGAACAGUAGCAUGGCUACAGGGAGUGCCCAAGGCAACUUCACUGGACAUACAAAGAAAAAUAAUGGCAAUAAUGGCGCCAAUGGAGCACUCGUCCAAAGCACUUCUAACCAGAGUGCCCUUGGAGCUGGUGGAGCAAACGGCAACAGCAGCUCGGCCAGGGUGUGGGGUGUGGCUGCGGGCUCCGGCUCUGGCCUAGCUCACUGCUCUGCCAGUGGUGGGGAUGGAAAGAUGGACAACAUGAUGGGAGACGGUAGAAGUCAGAACUGCUGGGGUGCUUCCAACUCGAAUGCUGGCAUUAAUCUUAACCUUAACCCUAAUGCCAAUCCAGCUGCCUGGCCUGUGCUUGGACAUGAAGGAACUGUGGGAGCAGGCAACCCUUCCAGUAUUUGCAGUCCGGUCAGUGCCAUAGGUCAGAACAUGGGCAACCAGAAUGGGAACCCCACAGGCACCUUAGGUGCUUGGGGAAACUUGCUGCCUCAAGAGAGCACAGAACCACAAACGUCCACUUCUCAGAAUGUGUCUUUCAGCGUACAACCUCAGAACCUUAACACUGAUGGACCAAAUAACACUAACCCCAUGAACUCUUCACCAAACCCUAUCAAUGCAAUGCAGACAAAUGGACUGCCGAACUGGGGAAUGGCUGUUGGCAUGGGGGCCAUCAUCCCGCCCCACCUGCAAGGCCUUCCUGGUGCUAAUGGAACAUCGGUUUCUCAAGUCAGCGGGGGCAGCGGUGAAGGAAUGGGCAGUUCAGUGUGGGGGAUGUCCCCAGGUAAUCCUGCCACAGGAAACAGCAAUUCUGGGUUCAGUCAGGGGAAUGGAGACACUGUGAACUCAGCAUUAAGUGCUAAACAAAAUGGAUCCAGCAGUGCUGUGCAAAAGGAAGGAAACGGAGCGAGCGCAUGGGAUUCGGGGCCUCCUUCUGGUCCUGGGGUACUAGCGUGGGGCAGGGGCAGUGGCAACAGUGGCGUUGGUAGUAUGCAUUCUGGAGCUUGGGGCCACCCCAACCGUAACACCAGUAACGGUGUGAACGGUGAAUGGGGUAAGCCCCCAAACCAGCAUUCCAAUAGCGACAUCAAUGGGAAAGGAUCAACAGGGUGGGAUAGCUCUAGCGUUACCAGUCCGAAUCCUGCCAUGCAGCAGGGCAAUGAACAAAUGAACUCUUGGGCCAAAGCUGCAGCGUCUGGCACCACAGCUAGCGAAGGAAGUAACGACAGCAGUGGCAGUCAAAACGAAGGUAGUACUGGGAGGGAGGGGGCUGGAGAGGGCAGGAGGAGAGACAAAGGGAUGAUAGACCAAGGGCAAGUUCAGUUGCCAAGAAAUGACCUUGACCCCAGGGUCCUGUCCAAUACAGGGUGGGGACAGACCCCUGUAAAGCAAAACACUGCCUGGGAAUUUGAAGAGUCCCCGAGGUCUGAACGGAAGAAUGACAAUGGAACAGAGGCCUGGGGUUGUGCAGCUACUCAAUCUUCAAACUCAGGGGGGAAGAACGAUGGGUCCAUCAUGAACAGUACAAAUACCUCUUCAGUAUCUGGGUGGGUCAACUCUCCACCGGCAGCUGUUGCAACAAAUACAGGUUGGGGAGACAAUAACAACAAAGCACCAAAUGGCCCAGGGGGAUGGGGAGAGUCAGCAAGCUCUACUACUGUUAAUAAUGCUGCUGCUGCCAAAAGCGGCCACGCUUGGAGUGGGACCGCAAAUCAGGAGGACAAAUCACCUACCUGGGGUGAACCUCAGAAACCCAAAUCUCAAAACUGGGGAGAUGGACAGAAAUCAAAUCCAAGCUGGACUUCAGGAGGUGGAGACUGGACAGAUUCAUCAUCUGUUCCUGGACACUUGGGUGAUGGGAAGAAGAAUGGACCUGGGUGGGAUUCUGACAAUAGAUCAGGGUCUGGUUGGAAUGAUUCCACAAGGUCUGGGACCAGUGGUUGGGGAAAUGGCACAAACAGCAAGGCUAAUACAGGUACAAGUUGGGGGGAAUCUUUAAAGCCAGGCUCCCAACAAAACUGGGCUAAUAAACCCCAGGACAACAACGUGAGUAACUGGGGAGGAGCUGCUUCUGUAAAACAGACGGGGUCAGGGUGGGUUGGUGGGCCAGUGCCAGCCAAACAAAAGGAGAACUGUGAGGCAACUGGCUGGGAAGAGCCAUCUCCACCGUCCAUUCGCCGCAAGAUGGAAAUCGAUGAUGGUACCUCAGCUUGGGGCGACCCAAACUACAACAACAACAAGACUGUAAACAUGUGGGAUAGAAAUAAUCCUAUAAUUCAGAGCAGUACCACAACCAAUACCACCACCACUAGCACCAUUAUCAACACAAAUAUGGUUGAACCUCAGCCAUCGCACCAGUCAAGUGCCCAGCCGAACCGGUCCCCGCUGCUUGGUCCAGCAGGCUGGGGAGAAAUGCCUACUGUCCACACAAAGACCGAAGCUUCUUGGGGAGAGCCGUCGUCCCCUUCUGCUGCAGUUGAUAAUGGCACUUCAGCAUGGGGGAAGCCCCCUAGCAGUGGUACAGGGUGGGGAGAUAAUCCUGCCGAGUCGGCAGGGACAUAUGGAAGAACAAAUGCUCCAGCUGCUGCCCCAGCACUGUGCAAACCAGCUUCAAAAUCUAUGCAAGAAGGCUGGGGCAGUGGUGGGGACGAAGUGAAUCUCAGUACUAGUCAGUGGGAAGAUGAAGAAGGAGAUAUGUGGAAUAAUACUGCUUCACAAGAGAGCAGCUCCUCCUGUAAUUCCUGGGGGAAUGCCCCGAAGAAAGGACUUCAAAAGCCCAAAACAAAUCCACGCUUGUCCCUUGGUACUUUCUGGAGAACUGAAAGGAAGAGACUUCUUAAGGAUUUUGUGAUAGAAAAGCUGCACAGAGAUCUUUUAAAGGGUAUGAAGACAUCUAGCAAGCAAGAUGAGGCCUGGAUCAUGAACCGUCUGAUAAAACAGCUCACAGACAUGGGCUUCCCUAGAGAGCCAGCGGAAGAGGCCUUGAAGAGCAACAAUAUGAAUCUCGAUCAGGCCAUGAGUGCUCUGCUGGAAAAGAAGGUGGAAAUGGACAAGCGUGGAAUGGGAGUGACCGACUAUAAUGGAAUAGUCACCAAACCCCUUGGCUGCCGCCCACCACCAAUCUCCAAAGAGUCUUCCAUGGACCGCCCCACCUUCCUUGACAAGGAUGGCGGCCUAGUGGAAGAGCCCACUACUUCACCAUUUUUGCCUUCACCAAGCCUGAAGCUCCCCCUUUCAAACAGUGCACUCCCUAAUCAGACCCUGGGCGGGAUUGCCUCAGGGCUGGGCAUGCAAAACUUGAAUUCUUCUAGACAGAUACCGAGUGGCAAUCUGGGUAUGUUUGGCAAUAGCGGAGCAGCACAAGCCAGGACCAUGCAACAGCCGCAGCAACCGCCAGUGCAACCUCUUAAUUCAUCCCAGCCUAGUCUUCGUGCUCAAGUGCCUCAGUUUCUAUCCCCUCAGGUUCAAGCACAGCUUUUGCAGUUUGCAGCAAAAAACAUUGGUCUCAGCCCUGCACAGUUAACCUCGCCAAUUAAUAAUCCUCAGCAUAUGACGAUGUUGAACCAGCUCUAUCAGCUGCAGCUGGCAUACCAACGUUUACAAAUCCAGCAGCAGAUGUUACAGGCUCAGCGUAAUGUUUCCGGACCCAUGAGACAACAGGAGCAGCAAGUUGCACGUACAAUCAAUAACAUGCAGCAGCAGAUCCAGCAGCACCAGCGCCAGCUGGCCCAGGCCCUGCUUAUGAAGCAGCAGCCUCCCCCUCCACAUCUAUCUUUGCACCCCUCUGCAGGCAAAUCAGCCAUGGAUAGCUUUUCACCCCAUCCCCAGGCUCCCGGCCUACCUGACCUGCAGACCAAAGAGCAACAGUCUUCACCGAACACCUUUGCUCCUUACCCUCUCGCUGGACUGAACCCGAACAUGAAUGUAAAUAACAUGGACAUUACUGGUGGUUUGUCAGUGAAGGACACUUCCCAGUCCCAGUCUCGCCUUCCUCAGUGGACACACCCCAACUCAAUGGAUAAUCUGUCUAGUGCUGCUUCUUCGCUUGACCAGAACUCCAGCAAGCACGGUGCUAUACCUGGAGGUUUAAGUAUUGGUCCUCCAGGAAAGUCCUCCAUUGAUGACUCUUACGGCCGGUAUGAUCUGAUGCAGAACAGCGAAUCGCCUGCCAGUCCACCCGUAGCUGUUCCUCACAGCUGGUCACGUGCCAAAACCGAUAGUGAUAAAAUUUCCAAUGGCUCCAGCAUAAACUGGCCACCAGAGUUUCAUCCAGGAGUGCCAUGGAAAGGACUGCAGAACAUUGAUCCUGAAAAUGACCCCGAUGUCACUCCUGGCAGUGUUCCCACUGGGCCUACCAUAAACACCACGAUACAGGAUGUUAAUCGCUAUCUUCUCAAGAGUGGAGGGUCAUCCCCAACAUCAUCUCAGAAUGCCACGCUGCCUUCAUCGAGUGCCUGGCCGCUUAGUGCCUCCGGCUACAGUAGCUCUUUCAGCAGCAUUGCAUCCGCACCUAGCAUUGCAGGUAAACUGUCAGACAUCAAGUCUACGUGGUCCUCUGGCCCAAUCUCUCACACACAAGCCUCUCUGUCCCAUGAACUAUGGAAGGUACCCAGAAACACUACGGCUCCUACGAGACCACCUCCAGGCUUAACAAACACCAAGCCGUCAUCUACGUGGGGUGCCAGUCCCCUGGGCUGGACCAGCUCCUACUCCUCCGGUUCUGCUUGGAGUACUGACAGCUCAGGGAGAACAAGCAGCUGGCUGGUUCUUCGAAACCUCACACCCCAGAUUGAUGGUUCCACACUGCGGACACUGUGUUUGCAACAUGGCCCUCUAAUAACAUUCCACUUGAACCUGACGCAAGGGAAUGCUGUGGUCCGAUACAGCUCCAAGGAAGAAGCAGCCAAGGCCCAAAAGUCUCUGCAUAUGUGUGUCCUGGGAAACACUACCAUCCUGGCCGAGUUCGCUGGUGAAGAAGAAGUCAACCGUUUCUUAGCACAAGGCCAGCCGCUGCCGCCCACGUCCAGCUGGCAGUCCAACACUGGAACCAACCAGACCCGCCUGGGCUCCUCGAGCAGCUCCCACGGCCUGGUGCGCAGCGACGCCGGCCACUGGAACGCUCCCUGCCUCGGGGGCAAGGGGAGCAGCGACCUGCUGUGGGGCGGGGUGCCUCAGUACUCCAGCAGCCUUUGGGGACCCCCCAGCACCGACGACGGCAGAGUUAUCGGAAGCCCGACACCUUUGAAUACUCUUCUUCCAGGUGAUCUUCUCAGUGGGGAGUCCAUCUAGGAAACGAGAGAAACAAAAUGGAAAUAACAAUCAUCAGCACUAAAGGAAAAAUAAAAAUUGUAACCCUUUCCAGUCCCGGGCUUGAUGAAGAAUCCAGCUUUAACAGAUCAGACUGGCAGCCCUUUUUAGUACCUCUGUCCAAUAUCGAAUAUGAAACUGCAGAAGUCCUUGUGAACUGUUCAUGAAACAGUAUGGGCUCCUUUUGGUCAGUGUCACGUGCUAAUGACAGGUUUUAUUUUUUUCAUGGCUUUUUGUUUUAUGUUGUCUUUUUAUGUUUGUAUGGUGAUUUUAAAAACCAAGUAUAAAAGCUGCUUAGAAUAGGUCUAUCAUGAAGGGCACUUUUCAGAAUUUGGGCUGGAAAGGGUUAUUUUAUCAGCCGGGGGGGUGGGGGUGGGGGAAGGGGGAAAUGAAAGCCUAUUUAAAAUGAGCCUGUGACUAUUAUGCACAUUACCAGAGGCGGACCCAAUAAUCAGAAGGGGUGAAGUGUGAUAUUUACCAUUGGUACAGAAAAGUAAUGAAUCUGAGUGGUAACUAUGGACUGUACAGGUUGAGCGGGGGGGAGGGAGGGCAGGGCUGGGGUAUCUCUGUGUCCACUACUCCCAUGGAUCUGCCUAUGCACAUUACCCUUGCUUCAUUACUUUUUCAUGUCAUUUUUUGAAUCCCAAAAAUAUAGAAAGUUUUUUUUUAAAAAAACAAACAACAACCACCACCACAACAACAAAAAAAAACAUAUCAACAUGCAAAUACUUGAAUCCAGCAGGCCAAUAACAAAAUGUGAACACUUUCUUAGUCUAAUUAUUACACUUCCAGGUCAGCAUCAGUACACAAAAAACAGGCUCUACGAAUUUUUUUUUUUUAAAGUUCAGACUAUAUGUUUUUCUUGGAACAGAUGUAUGUAUGUGAGCGUGCUUGUGCGUGCGUGUGCCUGUACGUGUGUGCCCACGUGCGGUUUAACUAAAAGUGUGAAUUUUCUCCUUUUAUUCAGUAUAUGCUUUUUAUUUGCUCAUUGGUCAAAUGUUUAAUUGUUGUUAGCUUCUAACUUUGCACUGAGUGUCCGCAGCCCUUCUUGUAGCUAAUCGUAUAAUGUUAAAAAGAAAAAGAAAAAGAAAAAAAAAGAAACUGAUAGAAGGGGCCGGCGACAAUUCACGUGUAAUGUUUACUCAAGGACUCUUAUCGCAUCUUAAAAAUUACAGUGUGUAUCUCUGGAGAAUAAUAUGUAUAUCUACCUUUAGCGGCUUUUUAUUGUGGACUAAUGCAAGAAAAUUAUUACCGGAGUAUUGCACCAUUUUUCCAUUCGGAAUAUAAAGUUUAAAAUAAAUACUCUUGUUGAACUGUGGCCAUAGAUAAUUGUAAAGAGCGGAUAGUUCCCUUGCAAGCAGGAACAGAAACAAGCACUUGGACAUAGGUUUUGACUGCUUUUGGAGGAGCCAGGAGUUUUGGCUCCCACCUGUUUACAGACCUUUUUUUCUCCUUCAAACUUUAAAAUAAAAAAGGAAUUAAAAAAAAAAAAAAAGAAAAAAAAAAAGACUUCCAUCGUAAAGAAAACUAUUUUCAGAAUGAAGAUAUGCUACUUCAGAGCUCUGGGAUUGAACAGUGUUGUUGUAUUAUUCUUUUCUUUGGCCAUUGCUGUGUACUAUUUUUGUUGUUGUUUUCCUCCUCUUCGUCAAAGUGGCGAAAACUUUGUGAUCACUAUCUUGCACAUGGUGGAAGAUGUCUCAGGAAAGCCGGGUUUCCCGAGGAGCAACUCCACACCAUUUCAUGUAUUUUUAAAACCCAACUCCUAGCACUGAAGAUAUUAUUAAAAAACAAAAUAAAAUUAAAAAAAGACAGUAAGAAAGAAGAAAAUACCUAAUCUAAUGUGUAGCAGUUACAUAUUUACCAAAUAAUGGACUCAAAAGAAAUAGAUGUUUGAAGAGUGCUUUAUAUAUUAAAAAAAUCGCUUUAUGUUUAAAAAAA